AUGGGAAAUUUCACAAAAUUUCUGCUUUUGCUAUGGAAAAAUUAUGUCUUACAAAAGAGGAAGAAGAUAGUAACUAUUCUGGAAAUAGGAAUUCCCACUGUGUUCUCUUUGAUCCUGAUAUUUGUACGCCUCCGAGUUGAUGGUCAGCCAGUCCCAAAUGCUGUUAUUUGGGAAGAAUGUACAGAAUUUAAGAACUUCAACUUCAUGAAAUUACCACACAAGGUAGCUUAUUCCCCAAACAACAAUGUGACACAUGCAAUCAUCCAGAGAGCCAAGAAAUUCCUUCCUAAAUUAGAUUGGGAUCAUGGGUUCAAGACGGAGGCAGAAAUGGUGGACUUUGUACAAUUGGUCAACAGCACUGGUAACAAAACUUAUGUUAACAACACUCGAGACUACCUGGGAGGUAUUGCCUUCACUAAUUCAUUCCCUUCUGGAGCGCUACCUCCGCAUAUUCAAUAUAAAAUACGUCUUGACUCAGUACCAAGACUGGCACACUCAAAAUUUCGUCUCAACCCAUUCAAGAUGGACACCAGUUGGUACACUCAGUUUAUGUUUCCUGUCUAUCAACGAGUGGGACCCCGAGAAAUUAGUGAUAAAUGUGGAGGAUCACCAGGUUAUGUCCGAGAAGGAUUUACAGCACUCCAAACAGCUAUAAACAAGGCAGUGAUAGACCUCCAGGGAAGUUUGAAUAACAGGAGUCAUUCCAGUGGACAUGUGGAGCUGGGUCUGCAACGUCACCCCUACCCACCAUACAAUGAUGACUACUUUGUCCUUGUCAUACAGCAACAGUUUCCACUUGUCAUCAUGCUGAGCUUUGUACUUGUAGCUCUUAACAUUGUCAAGGAUAUAGUGCAUGAAAAGGAAAAGAAGCUCAAGGAGUCAAUGAAGAUGAUGGGUGUGAGUAACUGGCUACACUGGUCUGCAUGGUUCACCAAAUACUUCCUGUUUUUAUUGGUUACCGUGUCCAUCAUGACUGCAUUCUUUUGUGUAAAGACCUACAAGGGACGAGUGAUUGGACUAACAGCUCCCUCGCUGCUCUUUGUAUUUCUUAUGCUUUAUGCCAUAGCAACAAUAUCAUUCUGCUUCGCUAUUAGUGUCUUCUUUAAGAAAGCAAAUUCUGGAGCUGCAGCAGGUGGCAUCCUUUUCUUCAUCUCCUACAUACCCUACUUUUUUCUGGAGCCCCGCUACAACACAUUUACCUGGGGGCAGAAGAUAGCUGCAUGUUCUGUAUCCAACAUAGCAAUGGCAUAUGGAGGAACAGUUAUUGGCAUGUUUGAAGGCACAGGAACUGGUGUACAGUGGAACAACUUCACCAAGGGAGCAUCUGUAGAUGAUGACUUUGCAAUGUCCCACAUAAUGAUCAUGCUGGUGAUUGACACGGUCGUAUACAGCUUCAUUACCUGGUAUGUGGAGGCUGUGUUUCCUGGCGAGUACGGUGUGCCACAGCCCUGGUACUUUUUUAUAACUAGAACUUACUGGUGUGGUACAUCGGCAGUAGAGGAUAUUCCUGAUGACAAGAGAAUUUGUAUUGGCCAGGAUCCAGAGUUUUUUGAGCCUGAUCCCCAGGGUAUACCGGCAGGGAUACGGAUACGAAAUCUUAGAAAGGAGUUUGGUAAGGAUGAGAAGAGGAAUAUUGCUGUUGCUGGGAUGUCCCUGGACAUGUAUGAUGGGCAGAUUACUGUACUACUGGGGCACAAUGGAGCUGGCAAAACUACCACUAUGUCUAUGUUAACAGGUUUCCUACCCCCUACUGGUGGCACAGCUUAUGUUAAUGGCUUUGACAUACGAGAAGACAUAGCCAGUGUCAGGAAUAGUCUUGGACUUUGUCCCCAGCAUGACAUUCUCUUUGACACCAUGACAGUGCAGGAACAUCUAUGGUUCUUUGCUAAGCUGAAGGGCUGUAAUUCAAAUGAAGUGACCAAUGCGGUAGAUGAAAUGAUUGAGAGCAUCAGGCUUGAGAACAAGAGACAUGCGAGGAGCAGCCGGCUGUCUGGGGGAAUGAAACGCAAACUUUCUGUCGGCAUAGCACUCAUAGCAGGUUCAAAGAUUGUGAUUCUUGAUGAACCGUCAUCAGGGUUGGACCCAGAUGCCCGACGACAAAUUUGGACAGUUCUACAAAACCACAGAGCUGGGAGGACAAUACUUCUAACCACCCACUUCAUGGAUGAGGCAGACGUUCUAGGGGACAGGAUUGCCAUCAUGGCUGAUGGAGUUGUCAAGUGUUGUGGAAGUUCUCUGUUCCUCAAAACCAAAUAUGGGGCUGGGUACCACAUGGUGAUAGUAAAACAGCCAAACUGUCAUGUGGAUAAUAUAUCCAAGCUGAUCAGGACAUAUGUACCAGCAGCUGAACUGGAAAGUAACAUUGCAGCAGAACUGUCCUACAUUCUUCAACAGGAAAGUUCCAGCAGGUUCUCAGACAUGUUCAAGGAUCUGGAAGCUAAGAAAAAGGAUCUUGGUAUUGCAAGCUAUGGAGCAUCUGUCACUACGAUGGAGGAAGUUUUUCUCAGAGUUGGGGAGAGUAAUAACAGGUCCUUGACAGAUAGACUGAAAGGAAAGCCGAUAGUAAACCACCCAGAGAAUGGAUUCAGUUUGGAUGCAUCAACAUCAUUCAGACGGAGUAGCCAUAGCCUAGAUUUUAAUAUCAAGUACAAUGUGAAUGGUAUGCUGACAUUGCAACAGUUUUGGGCCAUGUUUGUGAAGCGAGCUCUCCACACAUUCCGUAACAAGCUGGUGACAAUAAGCCAGCUAGUGGUACCUCUCUUCUUUACCCUCAUGGCUCUGAUUGUGGUGAAGACUUUUCCUGGUCCUGAAGACCUUCCUCCACUCACCCUCACACCAGACAGAUUUGGAGCCAACAACAUUGUGUAUAGAAGCAGCCCAGGAAACAUUAGUGACAACCUCAGCUAUUUCUACAGCAGUCAGUUUGAUCAAAGUGAUACAGAAACUGUGAUUUCUGUGGAUGAUCAGCAGGGAUACAAUGCUACUUCUGACAUUAUGAAAUUCCUGGUGGACACGGGAGAAAAAAGCAUUGGACUGUACAACCUACAUUAUAUGGUGGCGGCCGACUUCCAGCAGAUAUCUGAGACAGAUAAGGUCAAGGCUACUGCUUACUUCAAUGACCAAUCAUAUCACUCCUCAGUGAUAUCAUUAGCAACACUUAGCAAUGCGAUUGUCCAGUAUGUCACUAACAGCUCUGGCUUCUCAAUCACUACAGUGAAUCACCCCCUCCCUCGUACCACAGCACAAAAAGUCAAACAGCAGAUAACUCAGGGAACCACUGGCUUCAUGGUCGCCUUUAAUGUUGUGUUUGGAAUGUCUUUCUUAGCCAGUAGUUUUGUUGUUUUCAUUAUUAGAGAGCGUGCCACCAAGUCCAAACACAUCCAGUUUGUCAGUGGCGUAGACUCCCUCAACUUCUGGGCAUCAACAUUUUGCUGGGAUAUAAUUAACUACAUGGUGCCCAGUCUGUGCAUUCUAGUGACAUUUUGGGCAUUUGAUAUAGAGGCUUUUGUAGUGGAUGCCCACAUCGCUCACAUUCUGCUGAUGUUCCUGCUAUAUGGCUGUGCAAUGUUGCCCUUCAUGUAUCUUUUGUCCUUCUUAUUCUCCCAGCCUGCCACUGGCUAUGUCUGGAUCACCAUGUUCAACAUUAUUGCAGGUGUGGCUACACUGUUAGCAGUGGGUAUCCUGGCAAUUCCCCAGCUUAACCUGGAGGAUCUGUCACAUGCCCUUGAGUGGGUGUUUCUGGUACUGCUACCCAACUACUGUCUGGCUCAGGGGCUGUCUGACUACUACGCUAACCAUGAAUACCUCAACAUCUGUCCUAACAUCACAAUCUACUGUCCAAUCUUCCCUAACCCCUGUUGUGGAGCAACAACAGGUAGCUGUGGGCCCAGUGGGUGUAUUUACUACCGAGAGAACUACCUGAGCUGGUACCAGGGUGGAAUUGGCCGUAUGUUAGUGUUCAUGGGCAUUCAAUGUGUGGUAUACUUCAGUAUUAUCCUACUUCUAGAGUCACGACUAUUCCUUCGUUUUCUCUACCUCAUUGGUCACCGUGAUCACAAACAUGACCACCUCACAGAGAGGAGUAGAACUGAAAGUGAGACAACACCACUCCUUAUACAACAAGCUACAGCCCCUCAUACACAUCGGUACACAGACAGUUCAUUGGUCCAAGAAGACACCGAUGUAGCCACUGAACGAGCACGACUGGCUAACACUGACAUAGAACAGCUAUGCUGGGAAAACUCUCUAGUGAUGAAAGAGCUUACUAAAUACUAUGGGAGCAAGCUCGCUGUUGAUCGCAUUAGUGUUGGAAUCCCUCAGGGCGAGUGUUUUGGACUUCUGGGUAUUAAUGGGGCAGGAAAAACAACAACCUUCAAAACUUUGACUGGGGAUGAGAUAAUGACGUCAGGGGAGGCCUUUCUGAGAGGGUACAGCAUAAAGAGUGACAUCACAAAGGUGAGACAAAACCUGGGAUACUGUCCACAGUAUGAUGCUCUGAUUGACCAAUUGACUGGUAAGGAGACGCUAUAUAUGUUUGCCCGUUUAAGAGGUGUGCAGGAAUCACAGAUUUCUGAUAUUGUCAACAGCCUCCUGGAUGUGCUACUUCUCUCACCACAUGCUGAUAAGCUUGUAAAAGCAUACAGUGGUGGCAACAAAAGGAAGCUGAGUACAGCAAUAGCACUGGUUGGUAACCCACAAGUGAUAUUUCUUGAUGAGCCUACAACAGGAAUGGACCCAUUAGCCAGACGUUACCUCUGGGACACACUCUCAAGUGUACGGGAAUCUGGAAGGACACUUAUACUUACAUCACACAGUAUGGAGGAGUGUGAAGCCUUGUGUACCAGACUGGCCAUCAUGGUGAAUGGUCAGUUUAAAUGUCUUGGCAGUACCCAGCACUUGAAGCACAGGUUUGGUGAGGGUUACACACUCCUGGCAAGGGUAGGGUAUACACCAGAGGGAGAACUAGCACCUGUACGCCCACUCAUGACCUAUAUUGAGAAGAACUUCCCUGGUUAUGAACUCAAAGACAUUCACCAGGGCUCACUACAUUACCACAUUAAUAACCGUGAACUCUCCUGGGCAGACAUCUUCGGACUUAUGGAGUCAGCAAAGAUUCCUUACAACAUUGAGGAUUAUUGUGUCAGUCAGACAACCUUAGAGCAGGUAUUCAUAAAUUUUGCAAGGUCACAGCUUCCUCCUCAGGAGGAACAGGAAGGUCUAUGUCAAAGGAUUUGUUGCGGGUCCUGUUGUUGA